GCGCGAUAGAAUCCGUCACCCGCGCAGCCCGCUCUGAAACCACCAAAUAACCGUCCUGAGCCACAGUGGAGUCUGCCGUUGACGUCUAGAACAGCCGAGGGUGAAUGACUGUAGGGGCAGUUUAGUCUCGGAGCGCUCAACAGGGUGCUGCGAAAGAAGAACUGGACCGGGCGGAACCAGCCGAGACAUCGACACUGACACGCACAUCCAUCACACCGAAGAAACCAAAUGAAGGAGAAGAAUUUGAUCGAAACGGCCAAAAUGCAGGGAAAUAUGAUGGAGCUGGUGGGAAGUAACCCUCCGCAGAGGAACUGGAAGGGAAUAGCGAUUGCACUUCUUGUUAUUCUGGUCAUCUGCUCUCUGAUCGUCACCUCUGUCAUUCUGCUGACUCCAGGUGAGGACGAUAGCCUGGCCUUGAAAGGGAAAGUGACAGUGGAAGAAAUCUUCAAAAAAGACUUCAAAGAUCACGACCCAAAUGCUAAGUGGAUCAGUAGUAAUGAGCUCCUCUAUCGUACUCGUGAAGGUGAUGUGGUCCGCUUUAACAUGGAGACCAACGAGAGUACAAUCCUGGUCACAAACAGGAAGUUUGAAAUGUACAAAGCCAGCAAAUAUGAGGUUUCCCCAGAUAUGAAACUCGUUCUGCUUGCCUACAACGUGCAGCCGGUUUACGAGCACUCCUUCACUGCGGACUACAUCAUUUGCAGUCUGGAAACUCCGGAAACGUGGAUCCUGAACCCUCCAGAAGUGCGAAACGCUCAUCUGCAGUAUGCAGGAUGGGGACCGCGAGGCCAGCAGCUG